GAGCUUUAACCUGACAUACCUUGUACAUUACUUAUUACAUAUCUGUUGUUACGCACAAAGUUAAAGGUUUAGAUGAUAUACAAAUAUUUCAGGUCUCUUAAUUACCAUUUGUAUAUUUACGGAUCUAGGAAUAACAACUUAUUUUUUUCUGAUUUCUUAUAUUAAAUUUCACAAAGAGACGGUUUAGCUAUGCAAGAACUGGUUAUCACCUCGCUAAUUGUAGCCCAUUCUUUAGCCUUUACAGCUGGUGCCACGUCUAACUUGAGUACUACUGCACCAUACGGUAGCAAUGGUACAAUAAGUGGACAAACAGUAGUUGAUUUAGGAAAUCAGUCAGAUCAACCAGUUCUUCGACUAAUUGGUACACUCAUAAUGAACUUGGAGAAGGAGGUCCAUUCUCAAAAGAACAUCUACUUACUAGAGUUAAUAUGUCGUUUGCAUUACUGUACAGAAUGGGGCGAAUGGUCAGAAUGUAGUGCCAGCAACUCCGGUGAAUUUGGUGUCCGAAACCGUACCAGACUUUGUGGAUUUAACACAAGCUAUUGCCGACGCCUUUCAGUAUCCGAAGUCAAGUAUGAAACAGAUGUGUGCCAGAACCCUUGUCGUCCACACAACUGCACAGAAUGGGGAGUAUGGUCCAGAUGUAAUGCGAUCGACAGAAAUGCUUUAGGAAAUAGUACACGAAGCAGACGAUGUGACUUUCCAUCUACACUCUGUGAACAGUACCUCGAAUCGAAAGACGAGUUCGAGUCAAAAGUAUGCGAAAACAUCUGUCCUAACGCUUAUACAACCACAACUCAUGGAUACUGUUUCAAAAUCUUCGCCCUGGUGUAUACACGUGAUGCUGCUGAGGCUACUUGUCGAAAGGAUGGUGGACAUCUCGCCAAUGUUGACUCAGAACUUGCAAUGCAGGACUUGAACAAUUUCAUUCUCAAAAGUUAUGGGAAUAAAGGGUUUUACUGGAUUGACGGCCAUAGAUCUGUGCAAGCAGGGUCGUGGGAGUACGGAUACACACCAGAAAACUCUAAUUUCACCAUCUGGGGAGAUAACGAACCUACUAAUGGGCCUUAUGAUCUGUGUAGACGGUAUCAAUGGAUGAACUACAACGGAACUAAAGCUUGGCGGAUGAGAGACCUUAGCUGCAAAAUUACUGCCUGGUUUCUCUGCCAGAUCAUAUCUUAGAAAUAAAACAAACUGUAAUUAUUCAAGAGAUUAUUGAUGAAAUUUUGUAUUACAAUGAAUUAGUUAAUUAAUAUUUCCGAAACACAUUUAAACGUUAGUGUAUGAAACAAUUUUGUUAGAAACAUCAUAUAUGAUUUUUUUAAAUGAAAGGUAACAUUAACCUAUUUAUAAAUCUUGUAAUAUAGCAAAAUAUCAAUGUUCAGUUAUAUAAUAGAACCCUCUGUACAUGAUCAAAAAGAAACAUUCAUGAAAGUUGGUUUUUGGCCAAAAAUGUGAUCAUAAUGACCUCUUUGGUCAAAUAGUUAUGGAUGCUAACUGAGAACCACCUCUACAGCUUUGGAUUUGACUCUUGUCAGCUAGGUGCUGAAUUCUUUCACCUACGGAAGCUCACAUGCAUAAGAUUAAUUUUCAGUGUCAACAUUUGUUCUGUUUUGGUUUCUUUUUAUUCUGAAUAAAUAUUUGUAACAUUC